UACACUACGCGCGCUGGCAGGUCUAUAUUAAUACAACAUGCGGCAUGCGCUUGCACGGAUCUCCGUACCUAAUUUUAGUAGUACGCCAUUGCCAGCCAACGAGGGCGCACGCUCGAAUUUUAUCCCGCCAAAACUGCAUUUUUUUCUCAUAACACGUGGGCUGUUGAAUUAAAACAUGUGUUCAAUUUGUCAGUGAUAAUUAAAUUGUAUAGUUAAGUGAUAAUUACAUGUGUCAAGUGCGUUUGUGAGUUAUUUGUGUUCAUUGAUAAGUAAGAGGCAAAAGAAGAAGGUCAUCAUUAUAAGAAAGAAACUAUCCAGGAGAGUUUCUGAUUAUCUACAAGAACCCAGUCUUGCCUUUAAGAUAUGCUCAUGUAAAAGAUAAUAGAAGAAUAUAUAGAAAAUAAAGAUGCCAGACAAAAGCAAAUAUAAUUCAGAAGGCGAUGCGGAGAGUGCGGCGAAACUCAACCCCACCAGUGAAUAUAGUUUUGAGGAAGCGUUCGAACAAACUGGGCAUGGCAAGCUCAACCACCUGGUACUCUUCACCAGCGGUCUGAUAAUGCUGAACGUCUCCAUGGAGUCUGUCGGCAUGAGCUAUGCCAUCACAACUGCUGAGUGUGAACUGAAGCUCACAAACAACCACAAAGGAUUGGUCAAUGCUGCUGCUUUUAUUGGUAUAAUCAGCACGUCUUUCCUGUGGGGCUACUUGGGUGACAGGAUAGGACGGCGAGCUGUCAUGCUGCCAGCGAUCCUGCUGUCUGCUGUCUUCUCCAUCAUAUCCUCGUUCUCAAGCAGCGUGUGGAUGCUGAUGGGCUUCAGGUUCCUUACUGGCUGCUUGAUAUCAGCCUCCAGCGCCACAGUGUACGCGUACCUGGGUGAGAUGCACGCGCACUCCAAGCGCGCGGCCGCCAUCGCGUGGAGCUCAGUCUUCAUAUCACUAUCCUUCAUUAUAUUACCAGGCCUCGCUUGGCUGAUUAUCCCUGGGAAAUGGUCGUUCAGUCUGGGCUAUAUGCAGAUUGCUCCUUGGAGAGCGUUUGUCUGGCUGUGGUGUGCCCCAGGGCUGGCUGCUGCGGCCAUCCUGCUGUUCCUGCCUGAAAGUCCAAGAUAUCUCUUGGCAUCGAGAGGUCCGGAUGCCGCGCUACCGGUGCUAGCUCAAAUGUAUGCGUGGAAUACAGGGAAGAAGGCUGAGGACUUUCCAGUGACAAAAAUAGCCUCAGGCAGUGAGGAAGUGAAGGCAGGAGGCUUCGCGGGUGCUGUCAAGAACCUUGGUCUGAUGUUCAGGCCUCCGCUGCUCAAAUGUGUGUUCAUAUCCCAUAUCUCUAUGUUUGCUGUGUUCAUGGUGUCAAGUGGUCUGUACGUGUGGGUGCCAGAUAUAUUAAACAACAUUUUGAGUAACAGCGGCAGUCAGAAGAUUACAAUAUGCCAGAUUAUUCGGGAAAAGACUCUAAAUGCUAGCCUUGCGACAACCGAGGCCCAGUGUGAAGCAGAAAUAUCAGUGGCGGUGUUCCCGAUCUCCAUGUCCAUGGGGGCGGUAUUCGCGCUCACGUACUUAGCAAUAGGGUUCCUUAUCAAUAAAGUCGGCAGGAAGACGCUCUACAGCGGUAUAAUGGUUAUCUGCGGGCUGGCCACUAUAGGCGCGGCCUUCGUCCCCGAGGGCGUGAGCGCGACGGUGUUGCUCAUCGUGUCGCUGUGCUCGGGCUGCGCGGCCUCCAUACUGGCGGCCAUCGCGGUCGAUGUGUUCCCUACUUCUAUGAGAGCGAUGUCGAUGUGCGUGAUGUACAUGGUGGGUCGCGCGGGCGCGGCGCUGGGCUCGUGGCUGCUGGGCGCCGCGCUGGACCUGCACUGUCUGGAGGCCUUCACUGCCUUCGGGGUCUUCACUGCAGCUUCAACUCUUCUUAUGCUGCUAUGGCCAGACCCGACGAAGGUUCGAAGGGAGCUGGAAGAAAAGGGAUUUACCUUCUAAGUCUAUGUUACAUAGUUAUAAACAAAACUGUUCCAACAAGAGACUGAUAAAAGACAGUUUAAGCAUUCGUAAUCAAUACGAGGCAUUUAGAAUUUAUUUUUAUUAAUCUAUUUAAAUAAACUAUUGAGAUAAUUUUAUUAUAA